AUGAACCAGGUGUACGAACUGCUCGACCGCGGAUACGUGCCGGACGUGGUGCUGCGUCGGGCGAUCCGGCUGCUCAACGCGCAGCGCAUCCGCUCUCUCGCCAAGCCCGAGGACGACUUUGGACUGCACGUUGCGACGAAAUCGGAAUACAUCCGAUCGCUGCACACGCGCGAAAUCGCGAUCGAGCAGGAUAAGGCCAACACGCAGCACUACGAGGUGGACACGGGAUUCAUGCUCUCCUGCCUGGGCAAGCGCGCAAAGUACUCGUGCUGCCUGUACGAAACGGGCAAAGAGACGCUCGACCAGGCGGAAGAGGCCAUGCUCAACUCGUACUGCACCAAAGCCGACCUGAAGGAUGGACAGGAUGUGCUGGAUCUGGGAUGUGGAUGGGGUUCGUUGUCGUUGUAUCUGGCAGAGAGGUAUCCGAACUCGCGCAUCAGGGCGCUCAGCAACUCGCGCACGCAGAAGGUGUACAUCGACUCGAUCGCCGCCCAGCGCGGAUUCAAGAACCUCCAAGUGGUCACUGGAGAUGUCAAGACGUUCGAAUUCGACGAGGGCAGCUUCGAUAGGAUUUUGAGCAUCGAGAUGUUUGAACACAUGAAGAACUACGCCCACCUCUUCAAGAAGGUCGGCUCGUGGUUGAAGGAUGCCGAAUCGCGCCUCUUCAUCCACAUCUUUUGCCACCGCACCACGCCGUACCACUUUGAGGAGGACGAUGGAUGGAUGGCGCAGAAUUUCUUCAGCGGUGGCACCAUGCCGUCGUUCGACCUGUUUGCCCACUUUCAGCAGCACGUCACGCUGGAGCAGAAUUGGUGGGUCAAUGGCAACCACUAUGCGAGGACGUGCGAGGACUGGCUCAAGACGCAGGAUCGAAACCAGCGCAAACACGAUUCGAUCAAACUGCUCCGUCAGGAUGCAGCCAAGAAGGGGAGCAACGCCAUCGAGGGCGAAAAGACCUUCUACAGGUUCCGGAUCUUCUACCUCGCCUGUGCCGAGUUCUUUGCCACCAACGGCGGGAACGAGUGGGGCGUAGGCCACUAUCUCUUUUCCAAGAAGUAG